UUUGGUUCCAAAGUCCCCACCUCCACCUCCAGCUUCCAUCCCCACCUUCCCCAUCCCGCUUUCUUGACUCUUUGUCCUGUGUUUCCUCUCUCACACACUACACUCGCUCUCUCUAUCUAUCUCUCUCACGCAGGCGCGCACACACACACCCCCAUUCUUAGUAAAGAACAUAAAUCAGGAGUGGGUUCUAGUCUUUGUCCGAAAUGCUAGAAACUGAUCUGAGACAUUCUUUUAUAACUCAAUAGUUGUUCUCUCUCUUAUGGCAGCACAGUUCUUGCGUGCCCACCUACAGUGACGCCCGAUCAAUUUCCCCUUCCAUGCCCUCUUUUAUCAAACUCAUUAAUCGGCUGUAAAUUCAUAUUUUGCUAGAGCUGUUCGGAAAUCAUACUUAUAUCUAUUGUUUGGGGGUAUUUAUGGAUUUCCUCGAGGAGGUGGGGGAGAGUUCUUCGCCGCGGAGCUACGGAAGUUUUGGUGGCGGCGGAGGCGGCGGCGGCGGUGGCGGAGGAAUCGAUGUGAUCAAGAACGAUGUCUACACUCGACUGAUCGAGAAUGGAAACGAAGAGGCGAUUACGAAUCCUGAUUUUCGCGAACUGUUAGAAGCUCACUUCAAUCGUCUCCCUCCAAGUUAUGGACUGGAUAUCAAUAUGGAUAGAGUGGAAGAUGUACUGUUGCAUCAAAGGCUUCUUGCAGAGGCGAAGGAUCCCGAAACUCGGCCGGUUUUCCAUAUCCGCUUUAUCGAGAAUGUUUCGUCUAGAGGUGACGAUCUUGACGGUGGACAAGCUUCAAGUGCACCACAGACCUCACGCCCACAGGGCGCGCUCGCUAAUGGUGUCCAUCCAUUAAAUGACGGGAACAAGAAUCCUCGGGGCGACUGUGAGACUUUUUCUAAGCUUGAGGUUCUUAAUUUGGAAUUAAUGAAUCGUGAUGAUGUAAACGCCGGAGUACCUGCAGAGCUUAUUUGCAGAAGGCAGGAAGCGUUGCCUUCGCCAAUCCAUGAAGUAAUAUUUUCUACUGUUGAUAAGCCUAAGCUUCUUAGUCAGCUCUCUGCUUUGCUCUCUGAUAUUGGACUUAACAUUCGUGAAGCUCAUGUGUUUUCUACAACAGAUGGAUACUCUCUUGAUGUAUUUGUUGUCGACGGAUGGCAUACUGAGGAUACAGAAGGUUUGUAUGAUGCAAUGAGAGAAGCAAUUAAUGGAAGAGAGGGAUCAUGGCCAGCUUCAUCCCACUCUCGUUCAGCAGGGAAGAAACCUAUUGUUGCGCCAACGCCGUGUGAAGAUUGGGAAAUCGAUUGGACAUUAUUGAAGAUCGGAGAAAAAAUAGCUGUUGGCUCUUGCGGAGAUCUGUAUCGUGGAAUAUAUCUUGGAGAGGAUGUUGCCAUCAAGAUCCUUCGAUCCGAGCACUUGAAUAGCUCUCUGGAGGCUGAGUUUGCUCAGGAAGUUGCCAUAUUGAGGCAGGUACAACACGAAAAUGUCGUGCGCUUCAUUGGCGCUUGCAAGGAAGCGCCGCAUUUAUGCAUAGUUACAGAAUACAUGCCCAGAGGGAGUCUAUACGAAUACCUACACAAGCAACAUCUUGUGCUGAAUCUACCGCAACUGCUGAAGUUUGCGAUCGAUGUCUGCAAAGGAAUGGAUUACCUCCAUCAAAAUAGUAUCAUCCAUCGAGAUUUGAAAACUGCAAAUUUGCUCAUGGAUACUUCGAAUGUUGUUAAAGUGGCAGAUUUGGGGGUCGCUCGUUUCCAGAACACGGGAGGGGUCAUGACGGCGGAGACAGGAACGUAUCGAUGGAUGGCACCUGAGGUAAUAAAUCAUCAACCGUACGACCAAAAAGCAGACGUCUUUAGUUUCGCCAUAGUUCUUUGGGAGCUCGUGACGUCAAAGGUCCCAUACGAUACAAUGACGCCUCUGCAAGCUGCCCUCGGAGUGCGACAGGGUCUUCGACCUGAACUCCCGGAAAAUGCGCAUCCGAAGCUAUUAGACCUGAUGCAGCGAUGUUGGGAGACUGUUCCGGACAAGAGACCUUCGUUCCGCGAGAUCCGAGCAGAGCUCGAGGAACUCCUGCAUAGAGUAAAUGUAGGAUUCGGACAAUGCUCCAAACGAAUGACUACUACUACUGCUGCUGCUGACUGAAUUUUGGUACUAAUUAAGGAGAGGGUGUUGAGUACUGAGCUAGCUGACUAUAUAUAUAUAUAUAUAUAUGUAUAUAUAUGUUUAUAACAUUGCUGAGGGAUAUUAUAAGUGUUUUCACAUGUGAAAAACGUGUGUGGAUAUUUUAUAAUCAGCAAUCUAAUUUUGGAAAGGAAUGUGUCCCAAUUAUGUGCAGGCUGACACUGUCGCUAUCAUCCGAUCUGAGUGUUUUUGGAUUGUAAAUGUAAAUGGGAAUUUAUGUCACUACUACAUCGGACAAUUUAAUGACCUCCCUUGU